GAGGAAGUUCACUAUGGCUCCAGUCCCCUGGCCAUGCUGACGGCAGCCUGCAGCAAAUUUGGUGGCUCCAGCCCUCUUCGGGACUCAACAACACUGGGCAAAGUGGGCACAAAGAAGCCGUACUCUGUGGGCAGUGACCUUUCAGCCCCCAAAGCCAUGGGGGAUGCUUAUCCAGCCCCCUUUUCAAGCACAAAUGGGCUCCUCUCACCUGCAGGCAGUCCUCCAGCACCCACCUCAGGCUAUGCCAAUGACUACCCUCCCUUUUCCCAUUCAUUCCCUGGGCCCACUGGCACCCAGGACCCUGGGCUACUAGUGCCCAAGGGGCACAGCUCUUCUGACUGCCUACCCAGUGUCUACACCUCUCUGGACAUGACACACCCCUAUGGUUCCUGGUACAAGGCGGGCAUCCAUGCAGGAAUUUCACCAGGCCCGGGCAACGCUCCUACUCCUUGGUGGGACAUGCACCCUGGAGGCAACUGGCUAGGUGGGGGGCAGGGCCAGGGUGAUGGACUGCAAGGAACACUGCCUGCAGGCCCUGCUCAGCCUCCACUGAACCCCCAGCUGCCCACCUACCCAUCCGAUUUUGCCCCCCUUAAUCCAGCCCCCUACCCAGCUCCCCACCUCUUGCAACCAGGGCCCCAGCAUGUCCUGCCCCAAGACGUCUAUAAACCCAAGGCAGUGGGAAAUAGCGGGCAGCUAGAGGGGAGUGGUGGAGCCAAACCCCCACGGGGCGCCAGCACUGGGGGCAGUGGUGGAUAUGGGGGCAGUGGGGCAGGGCGCUCCUCCUGUGACUGCCCCAACUGCCAGGAGCUAGAGCGGCUGGGAGCAGCAGCAGCUGGGCUGCGGAAGAAGCCCAUCCACAGUUGCCACAUCCCUGGCUGCGGCAAGGUGUAUGGCAAGGCUUCGCACCUGAAGGCCCACUUGCGCUGGCACACGGGCGAGAGGCCCUUCGUCUGCAACUGGCUUUUCUGCGGCAAGCGGUUCACUCGUUCGGAUGAGCUGGAGCGCCACGUGCGCACUCACACCCGGGAGAAGAAAUUCACCUGCCUGCUCUGCUCCAAGCGCUUUACCCGGAGCGACCAUCUGAGCAAACACCAGCGCACCCACGGCGAGCCAGGCCCAGGUCCCCCUCCCAGUGGCCCCAAGGAGCUAGGGGAGGGCCGCAACACUGGGGAAGAGGAGGCCAGUCAGACACCCCGACCUUCUGCCUCACCAGCGACCCCAGAGAAAGCCCCUGGAGCCAGCCCUGAGCAGAGCAACUUGCUGGAGAUCUGAGCUGGGUGGAAGGCCUCCCACCCCAGGGCUCACCUGCCAGUCUCUCUUGGCUCUCUGGACCACUGCUUGACAAUCGCUCUCUUUACCCCACGCAUGCAUCUUUUGGGGAUCUCUCCCUCUGUCUCCCUCCUGGCCAUUCUGAGCCUGGGUAUCUCCUUGCAUGCCUCCUCAUCUCACCUUCUCCAUUCACCAUGAGACUGGCUUUCUGGAAAGUCUCAUCUCAGGCCCUCCCUUUGUGCCUGAUUCCUGCACUCCAGCCUCCUAGACUCUGGCCCUGCUAUGCCAACUCACUUUCUUUCCAUUUGGGCUCCCAAUAAUAGUUCUUCAUCUAGCUCCUUGACAUGUAUGUACCCUUUCUGCUUCUCAAGUUUAUUUACUGCUGUCCCUCAGCCUCCAGGCUCCAGUCAGUCUUCCCAGCUUCCCACCAUUGCUUGCCAUUCUCCAGAGCCUUUUUUCCUUUUCACAAACACAAUGAUAAUGAUGAUAAUUUAUUGCCCCCUGGUGGCCUCUUCAUCAGGGACCAUGGUUAGGGGGAUUGGGGUUAGUGACCUGGCCAGAGGCAGGGUGCCAAGAAGGGGGCAGACCAGUGGGGAUCUGAUCCCAAAGAUGGGGUGACCCCAGGGUCAGGGAGGCUGCCCCCAGGCCUGUAUAUUUAACCCCUAUGUACCAGGAGUAAUGAAUAGUAAUAAUAAUAAUUCUAUUUAUGUAAGUUAUGAUGACGGGUCAGGUUGAGUGAGCUGGGGAGGGAAGCGGAUCCAUUUCUGCCAGAAAAUUCUAGCCAAAUGUAUCUCUGUAUAGACAAAAUGUUAGUGGAGAAG